AUGGACUAAAUAUCAGAUGAAGCAAUCAAUGCUAUGCCAAAAAAACCAUAAAAUGCUUACAUGUUAUUCAGGGCAGAUACUUAUGAUGAUCUUAAGAAAAAGAACCAAGAUAAAAGUAUGACUGAAUUAACUACAAUGAUAUCAUCUUUAUGGGGAGAGAUGGAUGAAAAGAAGAAAGAUGUAAUUAAUUUAUUAAGAACCUUUAUAUUUAGAAAUACAACAAAGAUUAUGACAAGGCUAUGGAAUAAUAUAAGACUGAUUAUGCUGGAUGGUUGAAGAAGUUCAAAUUGGAUGAAGAUAAAGUAAAGAAGUUUCUUAAGGACAAUAAAUAAGCUAAAAAGAAGAAUAAGAAGGGUUCUAAGAAAGUUACCAAAGCUUCAAAGAAUGAAGAAGAAAGUGAUGAUGAAGAUGAACAGAAAAUUUAGUCAUUAAAAAAUAAGAACUAAAAGAAAUAAUAAGAAUAGAAAGAUUAAAUUGUAUAGAAGAACACUAAGGAUAAUAAGGAAUAAUAGAAAUAGAAAACUAAUCCAUAAUAGAAGGAGAAGGAAAAGAAAGAAAACAAGAAAAAGUGA